AUGGACACCGAGGAGGGAGAGUUCAUAGUAUGUGGGAGCUGUGGUACAGCCAAGGACAUACAGUUUGACGAGCUUGUGGGCGUGAUCGAGGGUUUCAUGGUGAACUUCGACCCCAGCGCUGUUCUCAAGCGACUGCCCCCAAUUUCCUCGGUCACUGACGACCACGAGAGACACGUACUGCACAAGGGCGUGCUUGCGCAGGUGGAGGCGGAGCUAGACGCCUAUGUAUUGGAGAACUGUCCAUCCAUUGAGUCCAUGGAGGAUGCGGCAAGUCUCCUCUUGGCCCGCAGCGGUGAGAUCGCGGACGAGGUGUGGGACUUCAUUAGCGAGGGCUGCUUUGACUACUCUGCCUUUGUUGAGAUGUGGGGAAACAGCGAGAAAUGA